AUGGGAAUACCACAGCACACUGCGGCUUGGGUGCUCAACAGUCGGGAUGGAAUUCAACAUCUGGAAUAUAUUGAGCAUUUGCACCUUCCAGCACUAGAAGAAGACCAAAUAUUGGUUAAGAUUCACGCUGCUUCUCUGAACUAUCGCGAUUUGAUGAUCGCCAAGGGCGGCCCAAGACUGGUAGUGGGCAAGAAGAAUCUCGUCGGUGGCUCGGAUGGGUCGGGAGUAGUCGAGGCUGUGGGAUCGAGCGUGGUCACAUACUCCGUGGGAGACCAUGUAUGCACACAUCUAGCCUGCGGUCUGUCAGAAACAGAUGUUCCUCUAUUUCAAGAUAUCUGCCAUGGCCUGGGUCAGAAUGUCGACGGCACGUUGUGUCAGUUCGCGAUCUUUCGUGAAUCGUCACUGGUGAAGAUACCUGGAAAUCUCAACUUUCAAGAGGCGGCCACGUUGACGUGCUCCGGCCUGACGGCUUGGAAUGCCUUGUUCGGUCUCGAGGGCAAAGCCCCAAAGCCUGGGGACAUAGUCCUAGUCCAAGGGACUGGCGGUCUAUCAAUCGCUGCUCUACAGUUCUCCCUCGCUGCUGGUGCUACUGUAAUCGCCACUACUCGGACGCAGGAAAAAGCGGAUAAGCUGAAGUCGCUAGGAGCCCACCAUGUGAUCAAUUAUCAAGAAACACCGGACUGGGGCGCGUAUGCAAAAUCCUUGACAGUAGAUGGCAAAGGUGCUCAUAUCGUCGUGGAUGUCGGUGGAGCCUCCACCCUUUCAGAAUCAUUAAAGGCAAUUCGUGUCGACGGCAUGGUCGCUGUGACGGGGAUUCUUGGAGCGUCUGCGGAUGUGCCGACAUUGUUGGACUGCAGAUACGCUUCAUGUGUCGUUCGUGGAUUCUUCCUAGGAUCGAGGAAGCAGUUCGGCGACAUGAACAAGUUUAUUGAGAGGCAUGACAUUAAACCCAUCCUGGACCAGAGAACAUUCGACAUGGCUUCAGUAAAGGAUGCAUAUACUUACAUGACGGAACAAAGGCACUUCUCGAAGGUUAGUAUCCGGAUAUGCUAA